AUGGAUCAACAGUUCGUCGCUAGUUUACAAGAGACUUUAACCCAAGUCACUUUGCCUGAUUCAGCUGCUAUUAAAGCUGCUACUGCAAAACUUUCAAAUGAAUUCUACCCAAACCCAGCUUCAUUACCAGCUAUCAUCUAUAUUUUACAAAACAAUCCAAAUGAUCAAAUAAGACAAUUGGCAGCUGUUGAAUCUAGAAAAUUGGUUAACAAACAUUGGGAAACCGUGGAUCAAAGUAUUAAAAAUGAAAUUAAAGAAUCAAUCUUAACUUCCACUUUUAAAGAACAAUCAAAAUUAAUUCGUCAUUCUGCUGCUAGAGUUGUUGCUGCUAUUGCUGAAUACGAAUUUUCUACCAACACUUGGGAAUCAUUAUUACCAUUAUUAGUCAAUGCUGCUGUUGAUGAUUCAAAUGUUGCAGGUAAAGAAACUUCAACUUUCGUCUUAUUAUCAAUUUUGGAAACUAAUUUACCAGAAUUAGAACAACAUGUUAAAUCAUUCUUAGAAUUAUUUGCUAAAACUUUACAUGACCAAAACAGUAAUGAAGUUAGAUCAAACUCUGUUUUAGCUUUAGGUUCCGUUGCUAACUUGAUUGAAUCAAGCUUACAUAUUGAUAAUGGAAUGGCUACUGCUUUCAAAAAUUUGAUCCCAUCAAUGGUUGAUGUUUUAAAAGAAGUCAUUGCAAGCGGUGAUGAAGUUAUUUCAAAACAAGUUUUCAACUCUUUAAACGAUUUAAUUUUAUUAGAUACUAAAUUAACUGGUGAUAACUUGAUUAUUUUGAUCCAAAUUAUGACUGAAAUUGCCUUAAACAAUCAAUUAGAUGAUGAAAUUAGAGUUUUCGCUUUCCAAUUCUUAACUUCAGCUAUUACUUUCAGAAAAACUAAAAUCUCAUCAAAGAAAUUAGGUCGUGAUUUAACUUUAGCUGCUUUGAAAAUUGCUUCCGAAGAAGUUGAUGUUGAAGCUGAAUUAGCCAAUGAUGAAGAUGAAAAUGAAAAUGAAGAAAAUGAACCAACUUCAUUAGCUUUAAGAUUAUUAACUGUCGCAUCAUCAGAAUUACCACCAUCACAAGUUGUUAACCCAAUUUUUGAACAAUUAAACUCUCUUUUGAGCUCUACCAACCAAUUCGAAAGAAGAGCUGGUUUCUUAGCUAUCGGUGCUACUGCUACUGGUGCUCCAGAUUACUACAGUGGUCAUUUAGAUAAAGUUGUUCAAGCUAUUGUCGGUGGUUUGAAAGAUUCAGAAUUACUUGUUAGAGUUAGUGCUUUACGUGCUUUAGCUCAAUUAACUUCUGAAUUACAAGAUUUAUUAGCUGAAUUCCACGAACAAUUAUUACCUUUAGUCAUUGAAAUCAUUGACAGUGCAACAAAUGCUGUUGUUUACAAAUAUGCUUGUACUUCAUUAGAUACUUUGAUUGAAUUUAUGUCACAUGAUGCUAUUGUCAACUAUUUGGAACCAUUAAUGAACAAAUUAUUCCACAUGUUACAAGUUACUGAAAAAUCAAGCUUAAGAUCUAUCAUUGUUUCUGCUAUUGGUUCAACUGCUUAUGCUGCUGGUACUGCUUUCAGACCAUACUUUGACAAAUCAGUUGAAAUUUUACAACACUUUAUUCAAAACUCUGCUUCAGUUGAAGGUUUAGAAGAAGAUGAUAUUGAAUUAAGAGCCUUAACUUUUGAAAAUAUCUCCACUAUGGCCAGAGCUGUUGGUUCUGAAUCAUUCAGUAAAUACGCUGAACCAUUAGUUGAUGCUGCUUACACUUCAAUCAACUCAGAAAACUCAAGAUUAAGAGAAUCUGGUUAUGCUUUCGUCUCAAACAUGGCUAAGGUUUACAAAAAAGAUUUUGCUCCAUUCUUACCAAAAGUUAUGCCAAUCAUUUUCAAAUGUUUAGAACAAGAAGAAUUUAACAUCAAUGUUAACGAAGAUGAUCUUGAAGACGGCUUUGAUGAAGAAGAAGAUUUAACUAACAAAUUCCAAGUUCACACUGGUAUCACCAUUGAGAAGGAAAUUGCUGCCAUUGCUUUAUCAGAAUUAGCCUUAGGUACUAAAGAUUUAUUUGCUGAAUACGUUGAACAAGCUGUUGAAACAUUAUCUAAACAAGCCGAAGAAUCAUAUGGUAUGAGAGAAACUGCUUUAGCUUGUUUAUGGAAAGUUGUUGAAGCUAUGGUUUCAAUCACUGUUGUUAACAAAAACUACCCAAUUGGUGCUCCAGCUUCUUCUUAUGUUGAUGCUAACAUCUUAAACUUGAUCAAACAUGCUAGAGAAUUAUCUAUCCGUGCUUUAGGUGAAGAAUACGAAUUAUCCAUGGUUGCUGCUAUCUUGGAUUCAUUCGCUGAAUUAUUGAAGAGAUACGGUGCUAUCAUUGUUAUUGAUAACGGUGACAGUCAAAACUUGGAAGAUUUAUGUGCUGAAUUAAUGCAAAUUUUGAAAGGUGAACAUUUAUCACAAACUUUAGAUGAUGAUGAAAUCCCAGAAGAUGAAGAAGCUGAUGCUUCAGAAACCGAUGCUAUGUUAUUUGAAAGUGCUUUAGAAGUCCUUGUCAACCUUUCAUUAGCUUUAGGUCCAGAUUUCAACAAAAUCUUCAGCUCAUUCAAAGAUAUCAUUGCUUCAAAUGUUACCUCAAAGAGUAAAAACAAAAAAGUCUCAGCUAUUGGUGCAUUAGCUGAAAUUGGUUCUGGUUUAAAAUCAUCAAACCCAUACACUGAUGAAUUCUUACAAAUGUUUACUCAACGUUUACAAAAUGAUAAAUCUGUUGAAGUUAGAGGUAAUGCUGCUUACGGUAUCGGUGUUUUAAUCUACCAUUCCAACAACAACUACUCAAGUACAUACCCAGAUAUCUUCAACUUAUUAUCAACUUUAUUAUCAAAAGUCCAAAAACAAGAAGCUAACGUUGAAGAAGACGAUGAAGAAUCCAAGGAUGUUAUUCACAGAUCAUAUGCUAAUGCUUGUGGUUGUGUUGCUAGAUUAGCUUUAAAACAACAAGAUUCUACUCCAUUGAACGUUGUUUUACCAAUCUUAUUUGAACAUUUACCAUUACAAUCUGCCUUCGAAGAAAACACUCCAAUCUUUGAAUUAAUUGCUAAAUUAUACCAAGAUUCAAAUGAAGAAAUUGUCCAAUUCACUCCAAAAGUUGUUGAAGUCUUUGCUGAUGUUUUCUUAAAAGAAGCUGAAAGAGAAAAAUUAGAAAGAGAAUCCACUUUAGGUAGAGAAGAAAAUAUUGAUAGAUUCAAACAAUUUGAAACUCCAGAAUUAAAAGCUAAAAUUGUCGAUUUAUUAAAAUACUUGGAUUCUAAAUACUCUGGUGUUGUUUCUCAAAAUGCAUUCUUGAAACAAGUUGUUGCUUAA